UACGGAUAAUGCUGUGCUCGUGCAGUACGAUACGAGUGCCAUCGUGCCGUACUUGUACUGGCAAUUGGGUACUCGUACGGUAAUUUGGGUUAGUCGGUUGGUGGCGAGCCAAGUUCACGGUUGGCUGAUUUGUUUGUUCCCUUUGUCUUUUCCUGCAGCGCGGGUGGCAGAGUCAGAAGGAUCGGAUCCAUUCUCACACCAAGCUUUCCUUUCCUUUCCUUUCCUUCUCCUGAUCGCUUUUGCUUUUCUUUCAUGGGUUUGGGGAAGAGGUCAUUGCUUUUUUUUUUUUUUUUUGCCUUUACUUGUGCGUUUGAUGAUUGGUCGUGCAUCUUAUUAUCUUUGCCCCAGUUGGUCUGAAUCCUUUCCCCUACCCAGUCCAAGGGUAGAGUGACUCCAGUCCCUUUCCUCCCGUCCUCUCCUUUCUUUCUUUCCUUCUUCCCUUCUCCUCUCCCCUUCCGCUUCAACUUCCAUCUCCUCUAUCCUCCGUGCCUGUGAAGGGAGGAAGACGAAGCAUCAUAUCUUUGUGACCCAUUCUCCUUCAGGGCACAACCAAUCUUUAACGUUCCUUUAUCCAACCAAUCGAAUGCUCGAGGCAACUGUUUGAUCACCGUUCGCCUUUCCCUCUCUUUUUUCUCGAGCAGUACUUUUGAACCUCGACAAAACCUUGUCAAUCACGGUCGUCAUAAUAUUGGUCAUUUCACUCACUCGGAUCUUUACUAUUGUCAAUCUGCCGUUCUCAAUAUUAAUUAAUCCCCCACUACUGGCACGUGUUGAAGAUCGCCUUCCUCGAAUAAAAUACCACUUCUGCCGAAAAGGGCGUUCCGGCAGCGCCCCAACCGGUUCCCCUGAAGCAAUCAAAAGGAUUGUUUGUGCUGCCGAUACCUCCCGGAAGCGGGAUCACAUAUCGCAACUGGUAGAUAAAUCAGCAACUCGAUGCCAAAGUCCCCCAUUUCCUCCCCGAGGAACUCAGGGUUCAUCCCCCUUGAAUCAAUGAAUCAAUCCAAACAGCAGCAAGGAGGCCUGUCGGCCUCCAAUGCUCAGAAUGCCAAAGACGACCACAUAGUCAACAUUCCUCUGACGCCCGUCACGACCAACAUGAGCACUGGUGCUAGGAAAGAGGGCCAAUCCAUGACUCGCCCUGACCUCAACCGCAAUGCGACCGACGCAACUGAAGAUGCUGGCAUUUUUCACAGACACAUUGGCCGCCGCCGAGCAAGGAAGAUGGAGACUGGUGGGGAUGCGACCCUUGUGGAGGACGAGGGUGCGUUGACCGUUAUGGGGCGGCUUUAUGAGAAGAUUUUGAACUUUUCAGUCUUGACCCGUUAUCUGCUAUACAUAAUUCCGCUUUCGUUGUGCUUUAUUAUGGUUAUCCUGAUUGGUAUGUACGUUGCUAAGGAUGCGGCUAUCGGUGCUUCGGAGCGGACGAAGGGGGUUAGGAUCGUUUGGCUUUUUGUUUGGGUAGGACAUCCGUCCCUUUGAUGGCUGAGGUAAGCUUGACUAAUGAACGAAUAGCUCGAGAUUGUCUGGUGCUCACUUUGGGUUUCUAAAUUAUUUGCAAAAGUUCUACCCAUUGUCUUCCAGACACUUGUUGGUGUGGUCAGUAGUGGGGUAAAGAAGUAUGCACUGGUUAUCAAAGCUCUCGAGGUUCCCAUUUCGCUUGUCGGUUGGGCCAUUGCCUCACUCUGCUCUUUCCUUCCGGUGAGUAGACCCAAGCGUAGGUGUGUAAGGACGGGCGCUAACCAAGUGAUAGUUGAUGACGAGAAACCCCGACCAACUCAGGGCCCGUGAUACAGACGUUAAAGAAUGGCAACGCCGCAUGAACCUUGUUCUUAUCUCUUGCCUAGUCUCAUCCCUGGUUUAUCUCGGCGCAAAGCUUGUUAUCCAAAUUGUCUCCGUCGAUUACCAUCGCAAGCAGUUCGCCCAACGCAUCAAGACCAACAAGGAAAACGUCAGAUUCCUCAGCCAACUCUAUGAAGCUUCCAGAGAUCUCUUCCCGUCCUAUACCGAAUUCGCCGAGGAGGAUUACAUCAUUCAUCAGUCCCUUGCUACCAACCUUAUUAUCCCCAAACAGAGCGGUAGUGCAACACCCAUGCGUGCAAUCCUGGGCAACAUUAAUGUUGUGCAGGAUAAGGUUACCAGCGCGUUCGGUAACAUGGCACAGGAAGUUACCGGUAAUAAGAAUGUGUUCAACCCGAAUGCUGCGUAUUCUAUCGUCGUGAAUGCUCUCCAGCGAACCCGUUCUUCAGAGGCUCUUGCCAGACGUAUCUGGAUGUCCUUCGUUUCCGAGGGCCAGACCGCCUUGGCGAAGGAGGAUUUGCUCGAGGUCAUGGGGCCCGAUCACGAGGAACAAGCAUUGGAGUGCUUCUCUUCGCUCGAUCGCGAUAACAACGGUGAUGUUAGUUUGGACGAAAUGGUGAUGCAUGUUGUCCAUAUGCACAACGAGCGCCAUGAUGUUGCUAGGAGUAUGCAGGAUGUGGUGAGUAAUGUUCUGUUGGCGGGAGGUAUGAGCAGAUCACUAAUUGUCUGCCAACUGUUAUAGGACAAUGCCAUCAGAGCACUUGACAGUGUUUUGUCCUUUAUUGUCUUUGUCAUUGUCGUCCUGGUGUUUGUUAUCACCCAGCAGUCUAGCGUCGGAACUACUAUCGCUGGCGCUGGUACCGUGCUUAUUUCGCUGUCCUUCGUCUUCGCCCUUACUGCCCAGGAAGUCUUGGGAUCUUGCAUCUUCCUGUUUGUCAAGCGCAAGUCAUUCAUAAUCCCGUGUCUGAAUUUCAACACUCUAACGUUCUGUCGUAGAUCCAUUCGAUGUUGGUGACCGUGUCGAUAUCGAUGACAAGAGGUUCCAGGUUGAGCACAUUUCCCUUCUCUACAGUGUCUUCAAGCGAGUGGACAACAACAAAGUCACCCAGGUCCCGAACAACGUGUUGAACACUAAAUGGGUUGAGAAUAUCUCGCGUUCAAAGUACAUGCAAGAACUUGUCAAGAUUGGAGUCAACUAUGACACAAGCCACGAGGACAUCCUGAGACUGCGUGAGGAACUGCUCCUCUUUGUCCGGGAGAAUAAUAGGGACUUCCAGCAGGAACUUGAGGUGGAGGUUAUCGGAAUCAACGAGCUCGAUAAACUGGAAAUUAAGGUGGAGAUCAAGCACAAGGUUGGCAACAACAACGGCGAAAUACUUGUUGAGGAUGAGCAAUGCUGACGAGGCUUCAACAGAGCAACUGGUCCAAUGAGGCACUUACCUGCCAGCGCCGCAAUAAAUUCUUCUGUGCCCUCGUCAGAAUCCUCAAGAAGAUACCCAUAUAUGGAGUUGGACUGGGUGACCCCGCCGUUGGCGAGGAAGCUAAACCAAUGUUCACAGUGGCAAUCAGCGAUGACAAAGCACACGAAUACAUGGAAAAGGGUAACGAGGCCAAAAUGGCCCUUCGCUGGGACUCCAAAAAAGAUGGUGAGGAGGAGGAGGACCGCCGCUCACACAAGGGCAACGAAGCUGGCCCUGCCGUUGGCCUUAGCUUUGGCAUCUCACCUCGACACAACACCUCCUCACCCUUCGUCGAUAGUCAUGCCAGGCCAAGUUUCGAUGGCAGAAGGGAUAAUGCGACGAUUGGAAGACCGAGCGUGGACAGUCGCCGGGAAGAGGACAUUGAAGAGGUUCGGGGAUUAUUAAAUAGAGAGUCUACUAAGGGGCGUCGGAAGCCCGCACCUCCGCCAAUCGGCACUCCACAGUAUGCUGGGCCCCAGGGGCAAAAUCCGCCCCAAGGUGGGAAUGGAGGUAAUAGGUAUCCAACUGGUGCCUCGCAUGCGGCACCACCAUACGCAAAAUAGUGAUAUUAGAGGUCAACUACAGGAUCUCUCAAAUGGCUGCGUAAUAUAGGUUUCCACAGCGCUGAACAUCACCAGCUCGGAUCAUGUGUAUCCACCUACUCGUCACGUGAACACGAAAUUGACUUGAACGGCUGGAGUUUCUUUAUUCAUUGUGAAGCCUUUCUCUAAUUCUUAUAUGUCAUUUCCCUAUCGCAUGUCAUUUUCUUGGGCUUCUUGGUGAUUCGUUAUCUAAAUUUCAGCUAUUAUAAAAGACAGGCAUAUUCGGCUCAUGGGGUUGGUUGGCGGGUUGGGGGAGGUAUGAGGGGCGGGACUGGAGAGAGAAGAGGGGACCAGGUGGCAAUGUAAUUUGGUGUUUCGAAUUUCAAUUUUAGAGCUAUAGAUUCUAAGGCUAUUAGUUUCUUC